CUUGUAUUGUACACAGUACGCCGUAGUGCUGGAUAAGUGCCCCUCAUAAUUGGCCGAUGUCGUCAAUAUUACCAAUUCCAAGUAUCUUGCCGACGUCACUUGGCCUGAUUGAAGCUGUUUAAGUUACUACCAAUGUACUAAACACUUCAUAUCUUAGUACAUAACUUCAAGUUACCCUAAAGCUAAUUCAUCUUAGUUCUAAUCUUGAUCAAUCGUCUCCCUCAAGUCGCUUCACAAUGACUCUCCUUAGGAGCAUACAACGGAGUGUAAUCUCCUCUUCACCACGACUUGCCGUGAGAUCGAGUUUCCAAAGGACGAGUCUACCCCUUGUGAUGUCUCGGUUAGCGUCUAGUAAAGCUCCCAAGCUUCGCGAUCCAUCGCUCUUCAAGACCGAUGUCUGCUAUGUAAACGGAGAAUGGGUCAAGGCAGCAUCGAAUAAGACGUUCGAGGUGCAUGACCCGGCAACGGGCGCCUUCAUCGGGACAUGUCCGGAGUUCACUGGCAAGGAUACUGAAAAAGCCAUCGCUGCCGCCGCCGCUGCUUUCCCAACCUUCCGCACAAAGACAGGUCGUGAGAAGGCUAAGUUACUCCGCAAGUGGUAUGACUUGAUGGUAGAAAAUGCGGACGACCUCGCCAAACUAAUCACGUGGGAAAACGGGAAGCCGUUUGCGGAUGCAAAGGGCGAGGUAAACUACGCUGCUAGUUUCUUCGAGUGGUUCAGCGAAGAAGCGCCAAGAAUAUACGGCGACACGAUACCAGCCACUGUGGCCGCAAAUAGGGUGGUGACCAUCAAGCAGCCCGUGGGUGUCUGUGGACUCAUCACGCCGUGGAAUUUCCCCGCUGCAAUGGUAACAAGAAAGCUUGGUCCUGCUCUGGCAGCUGGAUGUACAGUGGUUGUCAAGGCACCAGGAGAGACACCGUUCACCGCGUUGGCAUUGGCUGAACUGGCCCACCGAGCGGGGAUUCCCAAGGGUGUUGUUAAUUUCGUGACGACUCUGAAAAACACACCCGAAGUCGGAGAGACAUUAGCGACCCAUCCUACGGUCCGGAAGAUAUCUUUUACGGGAUCGACAAACGUGGGCAGUCUCCUCAUGAAGCAAGCAUCCCCGACCCUGAAAGUCUUGUCUAUGGAGCUGGGAGGUAAUGCGCCAUUCAUCGUCUUCGAUGAUGCCGACGUCGAUGCGGCAGUGACGGGUGCAAUUGCUUCCAAAUUUAGAUCAUCGGGCCAGACGUGCGUCUGUGCCAACAGGAUCUACGUCCAAAAGGGAAUCUACGACGAGUUUGCCAAUAAAUUCGCCGAGAAAGUUAAGGAAUUCAAGGUUGGCAACGGGUUUGACGAGGGUGUCACUCACGGACCUCUGAUCCACGAUCGGGCUGUCUCGAAAGUGGAAGCCCACAUCAAGGAUGCCCAGCAGAAGGGCGGCAAGGUUGUGGUGGGUGGACAGAAGUUGCCAGAUCUAGGUGCUAACUUUCACCAACCUACUGUCAUUACGGGCAUGACAAAAGAUAUGGCUCUUGCUGGCGAGGAGACCUUUGGACCUGUAGCCGGACUAUUCCCCUUCGCAACUGAAAAGGAGGUAGUUGACCUAGCAAAUUCUGCCGAGGUUGGCCUUGCGGGCUACUUCUUCUCGCGAGACUUGGAGAGGAUAACCCGAGUUGCUGAAGCGUUGGAAGUGGGAAUGGUAGGUGUUAAUACCGGCUUGAUCUCGGAUACUGCUUCACCAUUUGGUGGUGUGAAGCAAUCUGGAUUUGGCAGGGAAGGAUCCAAGUAUGGCAUCGACGAAUACUUGAACAUCAAGACGAUAACAUGGGGAGGCAAUAACAAGUCAUUGCAAGGUUGAUUGGUAUUUUCUUUAAUGGCAAAGCUACGAUGUAGGUGUUAUGAGUUAGAAUCGGACCUGAGUAACUCUAUAUAGGUAACCCAUCAACUGUAAGAUAGAUGAUCAAUGAAGCCAAGACUGUUGAAUAAGUUCAAAUUGUGCUUUCA